ACAACGGCUUAUGGGAGUGUCACGUGACUUUGAUUUUGCUCACGUGUAGUCGUUUCAGCAAACAGAAUAUCUUCUCGUCUUUUGGAGCUAGGUUUUGCGAUGGAGAUGGAAGGUGGGUCGUGGUGAGUGACAAACAUCUCUGACAAGUCUGGGACCACCAGCUUGGUGUCCAGGAUACUCUUAGAUAUGGAUAUUCUUCUGCCCGUGAUGAAAUAUCGCCUGCACACCCACUGGAACAUUGUCCUGGCUAGCCAUGCAGUGAGGGAGGAAGCUCGAGGAGCAGAUCUUUGCGUGAUGCACAAGGUAGUGGUUGUCCCCCUGCGAAUGCAGAUGGAGCGCAAGCAUUGUCUCAAGGGUUCAGAGGUUGCCGCCAUUGCAGUAGCUCAAUGAUAGCUCUAGAAGCACGUGCUUCACAGGAUGAACACGCGCUGACCUGAGGAUAUCUUCAACCGUGCGUUCUGUUUCGUGAGGUUACUCGUGUAGUGCUGUGUAUGUUUCUCUCUCUGUAUCAUCAACGCUUCUCACUCUGAGAUGCACUGGUGACUGCUCACAACACGUACGCAUUCUGCCACUCGCAACGCCAGCAUGACAUGAACUGAAAAUAGCCUAACCUGCUCGCAUCUGCGUCCGCACCAUCUCGUACAUUAUAUACUUUCAGCCAAUGUUUUAUCUGACAUACAUUUUAUUCUUGAAUCCACACAAUAGACUUAUAUAAAUGCUGACAACGAGGUCCAAGCCUAAAUAGGUUUUAAAAGUCAGCAGUGUGUGAGAUGAUAGGUCAUUCGCUCUGUGCUGGAUGCUAGGCAUCGAAGAACCUUGCCCAAUAUCACCUCCUUUGCUCUUGCAUGAGCUCAGUGAGCCAGCCCCCCUCGUUAUCAAACCCAUUCCUGCAACUGGACAGUGCCGCUUCAAUGUGUCCGACCUGCCUUCACUGGCAGCGGUGGUUAGCAUCGUCCACGGUUGGAUACAGGGUGUUGCUUCAGGACUUUACUGGGGGCUGAAGGGGGAGGGUCAGAGGUGUCGCUUGAGACUCUGUCUUCUUUGGCUGCUCAUCAUCCACUACGUCCACGUCACCUUGACUCCAAACGACGAAGGAAAGUGGAAACGGCUUCCCCGAUGUCCUGCAGGUGUAGCUCUGUUGCUGCUCUUUCGCUGUUUGCCCCGACUAGCCCACACCCUCCUCUGUUUCCAUCUCCUCUGGCUUGGCUCCAGCUGGUUUCUCUCCUGGUGGGGCGGGUUCUGCUGCCCUGCGCCAGGCUCUCCACCCCACGUGACCUCGAGGAAGUUUGAGGAAAAACGGAGGAACCCACGGCCCUCCGUGAGCCCACGGUCCUCCGUGAUGCCUGCGGACCCCACUAGUGUCGUCCUCCCCUCGCUCCCCCUCCACGGACCCCCGCAUCGC